CAUCUGCACCCGCUCUACGGCCAGGUUGUGCCACAGGUCAUUCGCCAGAGGACAGACAACGCGCAGCAGAAGCACAGCGCUGCUCCGCCGCUCUUUCGCAACACACCGAGACCCGCUCCCGAGCUCUUCGCUCCUUUCGAGUGCGCUCGACCAGAAGCGUGCCAGGGCGGGGCGCGAUGACUCCAUGGGCCCGUUUCGUCUCGGUCUCGUUCCUCCAACACCGAACGACCAGGGCGAGGUGAAGAAAUGGUCCGAGCUGAGCAUGAGCGGGAAAGUCGGCCGCGCGACGGCCAGGACCACCAACCUGUUCGUCAUCCUCUUCGGGGCGGGCUUUUCGGCCAUGCUUGUCUACGCCCUGACCUCAGAGCUAUUCUCGAAGAACUCGUCGACAGUUCUGUACGGCCAGGCGUGCGAGCUGAUCAAGUCUUCGGACAAGGUUAGCCAAUACCUGCGAGGGCCGUUCGUGUUCCAUAAUAACCCGCCGUCCGCCGUGCGGCCGCGACAUCGCAACGAUCGCGUCGCGUCCCAGAUAGCCCGAGACUCGUCAGGACGCGAGCACAUGCUGCUCAACUUUUUCGUGCAGGGACAGCCGCACAACGCGGCGACGAUACCACCCGACCAGUCGGCAUUCCAAGCGGCCGUCGAGCGGGCGAAAAACUCGGCCUCUGCGCUGUCGGACAUGUCGGCGGACGAGCUCGUGGAGUCGACGAAGAGCUACGCGUCCGACAAGUGGGAAUCCUGCAAAAGGCUGUUCAGGUUCCUCAGUGGUGACCCGCUGCCGUCCUCGCCGUCGCCACCGAUGCCGCAAAAGCCGGUCGGCGGCUGGAAGCAGGGUCUGACGGGACUCUUUGCCGGUCUGCGACCUAGCAGUCCAGAGUCCGCUGGCACGACGGCAAGUACACCGGAAGAAGGUUUUGUAGAUGGCGAGGUGCAUGCUGACUUGGCCAUGAACGACCACGGUCAGUUUGAGUUCCGGUACCUAAGGGUGGAUAUUCCGGAUUCAUCAGCACCUCGGCCGAUACGAGUGUUCGUUAUUGGCGGUGGGCCCAACAGCGGCGGACGGCGGAAAUAGCGUCCAGAUCGCACAAAGCCUAUAGCUUCCUCCGUGUAAAAAUAGCUCGCUUUCGUUGCACAUCUGCCCAUGCUAUCGUUCUUCCGCUCGAUGUCGAUCACGGGGACAUUUUAAUAUUGUAUUAAUACGCGGUACAUGUACACAUCCGCCGUAGUCCGAUGCACGAGCGCAUGUCCAUGCGAGACAUUCUUAGUCACCG